AAAAUAUUGUACACGAAUAAUUGCAAUUGUAAAAAUUUAGAUUUAAACUAAAAUACAGCCCUGUAAUUUAUUAUAGAAAAUAGAUUUGAAUACAACCAUCAUCAGUUUAAUUGUCAUAUGAUAUUGUAAAAUAUUCGAAAAAAAAUGAAUCGCUUAUUAAAUAAAAUUGCUGUAGUAACUGGUAGUGGAUCUGGUAUUGGUCAAGCUAUUUCUAAAGAAUUACUACAUGCGAAAGCAACCGUUAUUGGUUUAGAUAAAAACCAUAGAGGUUUAGAAGAUUUUAAAUUAUCAUUACCAUCAGAUCAACAAAAAUCUUUUGAUACCAUAAAAUGUGAUGUACGUGAUAAUGAAGAAAUUAAUAAAAUAUUUUCAAUGAUUUUCAAAAAUUAUGGAAGAUUAGAUUUUUUAAUAAAUUCAGCUGGCAUUUUAAGACAUGGUAACUUAAUUAAAAUGCCAUUAAGUGAUAUCAGAGAGACUUUAGAUACUCUUGUUAUGGGAGCUGUCAAUUGUACCAGGCACGCUUUUAGAUAUAUGCAAGAAAAUAAAAAUGAUGGUCAUAUAAUUUUUAUAAAUAGUAUAAAUGGUCAUAAAAUUCCACCAUUUUUGGGUAGAAGUAUUCCAACAACAAAUAUGUAUACACCAUCAAAAUAUGCAAUUACAGCAAUGAUUGAAGUAUUACGACAGGAAUUACUUAACUCAGAGAGUAAUGUCAAAGUUACUGGUAUUAGUCCGGGUCUAACUGAAACUCCAAUUGUGCCAGAAUUUUUAUUACAGAAUCCACAUAUACGUGUAUUGCAACCAAAGGAUGUAGCAGAUUGUGUAAUAUUUGCUUUAAAUACUCCACCACAUGUUCAAGUACAUGAAUUGAUUGUGUUACCACUCGGUGGAAUAUUGUAAACAGUCAUUGUAAAAAGAAUCGCAAAAAUCAAACAGUUAAAACUUAUUUUACAAAAUUUUUUGAGUAAAGAAUGGAGUUAGUAAAGAGAAUUUGUCUAUUGAACAACAAAUCUUCUGAAAUAAAUUUUGAAAAUGGAACUUAAA